UGGGGAAAUGGUUACAUUAAAGCUCACUCCCGUCAUCUCCAUUAUCUCCUUGGAAGUAGUUUUCACAAAUAUAGAAAGGCCCUACGGUGGUUGUUUUCGGUAAGCUACCAAGGUGGAGAGCGCAGAGGCAGACGGGAGCGUGAGGGCAGGCUGCUGUGCCUUUGUGACACAGGGAGAGGCGGCAGCUCGCUCAGCCGGGCUCCUGGUGCUCAGAGCGCUUCCAUGGACAUCACCCUGUGCAUUGCAGGGCCACAGGGGCUGCCAGGAAAUCUGAAACUCAUUUGCUUCCAGUUACUAGAACGGCAGAUUUUGAAUUAGCCAGCUUCUUUUCUAGCUAACUUUUCUCAAGCGUUAAGCUGAUGAACUGGGCAUUUUCUAUGAUCAAUGGGUAACUGCUGGAGCUACAGUAAUCUCUGUGAUCAUGGAGGAAGCACUUUACUCCCCCCGAAUGUCACAAAUGAAUUUCCAGAAUAUGGGACCAUGGAGGAAAGUGGAGAAGGCCUAAGAGCCUCUCUCAAGUUUGAUGCCGAGUCUCUGCCGUGCUGCCCUCAGGUGCAGCAGAGGGUCCAGUCUCUUGCUGGCCAUCCCUCUGGGCUUCUCAGUGUUACCGGAGGACCAAAAGAUGUCAGAGAGGUCCCCUCUCAGAGUCAUCUCAAGGAACAGAGUUUACAACCCAUUGACUCUUUGAUUUCAGCUCUGAAAGCCACAGAAGCCAGAAUAGUUUCAGGAACAUUGCAGGCUACAAAGGUACUGGAUGGAGAUGCGGUUUCUACUUUUUUAGUUCAGCAGGUGGAACAAGAGCCAGACCCUGCCAGUCAUAAAACACAGAGAGCCAACACACUGUUCCCUGCUGGCCGAGAAAAGUCACCCGAUAUACCUCUUUCAGCUGAAGUUACGACUGAGGAAGGUUUUUAUUUGAGCAUCCAGGAGGACCUGACUGCACUAUUAACUGGAGGAACUCAAGCAGAGCUUUCCCUAAGAGCUAAUAAUGGGAGAAAGGGGGCUGUCCAUGUGCAGGAGCCAGCUUGUCCAGCAUCCUCCGUGGGGAGCCCCGUGACCCACAGCUCAGUGGGAAGUGCUGGUUUAUUGAGAGAGAGGAGAUCUGAUCAGGGGAGAGAGCACCCAGAGCAAUGUGGUCGAGGCAGCUCCUCAGGACGCCCAGGCCAGGUCAAACAUGUGGAAUUUCAAGGGGUGGAAAUAUUGUGGACAGGAGGGGAGAAAAGAGGGACAUGGCAACCUGUGGAUUUUCAGACAUCAUUGGAAAGGACAACCCCUCCUGAAAGCAAAGAGUUUUCUAAAGUGCCAAGCCAUCUCAUCUCAUCUGCUGGUUUGUGUGAUUCAGCUGGUUUAACUGAGAGUGUUUGGGAUGACACCUGGAGAGCUCCUUCAGAGAGGCUGGCCACUGGCUCAGGGCCAUUUCUGCCUGAGCCUCUUCAUGAGAGUGGAGAGGAUGAAGUCUUCCUAAGGGAAAACAAGGAACAUCUUGAGACGAAACCUGAAUUGGAGAGAGACAGGGAAAGGAUUCUUGAGCAAGAGGAGCACUUUCGGGCCAGAGAUGAUGAUAUCCUUGGGUCUGGUUGUGCAGAGGACUCCACUGAUGUGUACAGCUCCCAGUUUGAAACCAUUUUGGACAACACUUCUUUAUACUACAGUGCUGAGUCCUUGGAGACUUUAUAUUCAGAGCCUGAUAGCUAUUUUAGCUUUGAAGUGCCCCUCACUCCAAUGAUACAACAGCGCAUUAAAGAAGGUGGUCAGUUCCUGGAGAGGACAUCAAUGGGAGGACAGCAGGACGUCCUGAGCAUCUCUGCAGAUGGUGGAAUAGUGAUGGGCUAUUCUGGUGGGAUCACCAAUGGGCUGAGUGGCUCCAGUAACUCCACCUACACGAAAGGCACCCCAGAGAUUGCUUUCUGGGGAAGCAAUGCUGGGAUGAAAACAACACUGCUAGAGGCUCAUUCUGAAAUGGGGAGUACUGAAAUUCUGGAAAAGGAAACCUCAGGAAGUCUCAGUAAUGGUACCAGCAGCAACGUAGAAGCAGCCAAAAGGUUGGCCAAACGUCUUUAUCAACUAGACAGAUUCAAAAGAUCGGAUGUGGCAAAGCACCUAGGCAAGAACAAUGAAUUUAGCAAACUAGUUGCAGAAGAAUAUUUGAAGUUUUUUGAUUUUACAGGAAUGACACUGGAUCAGUCUCUCAGGUAUUUCUUUAAAGCAUUUUCUCUUGUGGGAGAAACCCAAGAACGAGAGAGAAUUUUAGUACACUUCUCCAAUAGAUAUUUUUAUUGUAACCCAGAUACCAUUGCUUCACAAGAUGGAGUCCAUUGCCUCACCUGCGCAAUGAUGCUUCUUAACACAGAUCUCCAUGGCCAUGUGAAUAUUGGAAAGAAGAUGACCUGCCAAGAGUUCAUUGCAAACCUCCAAGGGGUAGAUGAGGGUGGUGAUUUCUCCAAGGAUCUACUGAAAGUCAGAGGUUUGGGUUGGCCUGGAUUCUCCUGUUCUGGGUUUCACAAGAACAAAAUCAAAGUGCAGGCUCUGUACAACUCAAUCAAGAAUGAGAAGCUUGAAUGGGCAGUAGAUGAUGAAGAGAAAAAAAAGUCUCCGUCAGAAGGUACUGAUGAGAAGGCUAAUGGAACACAUCCAAAGACCAUCAGCCGUAUUGGGAGUACUACCAACCCAUUCUUGGACAUUCCUCACGACCCAAAUGCUGCUGUGUACAAAAGUGGUUUCUUGGCUCGGAAAAUCCAUGCAGAUAUGGAUGGAAAGAAGACUCCAAGAGGAAAGCGAGGAUGGAAGACCUUUUAUGCUGUACUAAAGGGAACAGUUCUUUACUUGCAAAAGGAUGAAUAUAAGCCGGAAAAGGCCCUGUCGGAAGAGGACCUGAAAAACGCUGUGAGUGUGCACCACGCACUGGCAUCCCGGGCCACGGACUACGAGAAGAAACCCAAUGUGCUCAAACUGAAAACUGCUGAUUGGAGGGUCUUGCUUUUUCAAGCCCAGAGUCCAGAGGAAAUGCAAGGGUGGAUAAACAAAAUUAAUUGUGUUGCAGCUGUAUUUUCUGCACCACCAUUUCCAGCAGCCAUCGGAUCUCAGAAGAAGUUUAGUCGUCCACUUCUGCCUGCCACCACUACAAAAUUGUCUCAGGAGGAACAGCUGAAAUCUCACGAGAGCAAGCUGAGGCAGAUCACCACAGAGCUAGCCGAGCACCGCUCCUACCCACCUGACAAGAAGGUUAAAGCCAAGGAGGUAGAUGAGUACAAACUCAAAGAUCACUAUCUGGAGUUUGAGAAAACCCGCUAUGAGAUGUAUGUCCGCCUUCUGAAAGAGGGGGGCCUGGAGCUGCUGAGUAGCAGCGGUGGAGGGGGCGCCGCGGGCCUGAAGAAGUCGCACUCCAGCCCCUCGCUGAACCCAGAUGCAUCUCCAGUCACCGCCAAGGUCAAGAGAAACGUGUCGGAAAGGAAAGACCACCGACCUGAAACUCCAGGCAUUAAGCAAAAAGUCACUUAGAAUCCAUCUGCGGCCAGGAAGUGCUGGUCGUGGAGCAAAAUAGAGUUUUUCAAGAUCUUUCUGGUGAAUCCGUGAAUAUAUUUAAAACAAAGUCUGUGACUAAAUGGUGCAUUAGUAACCUUUCCUAUUGUAUAUUUUUGUUAGUUUCUGUACAGAUUGUCUCUUUGCUCUUGAUUUCUUUGCUUUGAUGAUUUCUGCUACCUGAUAACUAAUGCACCUUUUGUGAGGGGAGGGGAUCAUGAUUUCAGAAUGGAUUAUGUAUCGCUUCUCCCUCAGGGUUCUCUCAUUUGCACUCUGCUCAGUUGUUUUGUGUGUUCUCAAAUCAGCUGUUAACACUUUUUGUAAAGGUUAAAGAUUUAAUCCAUUGUGAAACACUUAACUGGACAAACUUUGUAGUUUAGAAAAUUCUAGCCAGAGUUAAUAUAAGCCUUUUCAUGUGAAAUCUUGCCCAGUCACAGAGGUAGAAUCCAGCUCUCGCGCUCGCAGAAGUUCAGUUAAGAGUUACACUCACGGGAGGUGCCACUCCCCUGUGAGGCCUCAUGCAUCUGAGUGCUUAGUGUUGAGUCCGGCCCUGCUGGUGGGGGUAGAGGGGGGCUAGGACCUCAGGCCUGGGGAAUUUAAGAAGCACGUUAGCUCGCUUGAAGUGUAGAUUCCAUUUCAGCCAAGCAAGGAAGGAGGAAGUGGCGUCUUUUGAAGGCUGAGGCAAGGUGGCCCCAAGUUCAUUUUGUUUUCUAAAGGAUGGUGGCAACAAUGGACUCUUGGGGGCUGCAGCAGCGAGAUGUGUUUUUGAUCUGCAGGAAGUUGUUACCCCACUCCCACAGGGUCUAGACAAGGAAUCCAGAGCCAUCUGUGGUGGAUACCCUGCCAUCCGGGAAUUAGGUUCUUUUAUAUAUAUAGGCAUGGUGUUGUCUCCUGGUUGUAAGAAUUUGGGGUCUUCCUAACAAAAUAAUAUCAAAAUGGAGCCCCUUUCAUUCUUUCCUUAAUAAAGAAAAAUAAGGAAGGAAAAAGUUGUUUUUCCCUAUAGUUGUUUGGCAAUAGAAUGUUGAUUCUUUACAAUAAAUCUGAAAGGAAUAAAAUCUGAAGGAAUUAUGGCUGGAAAACUGAGGAAUCUCCUGGUGACAAACACAGAGUCCCUUAGUCUGUUCUUGUCUCUGUCUCUGUGAAGCCGCUUCACCCUAAAAUAAACCCUUGAUUCUAAAUCAUUUCUUUGUAUCUGCUCAGAGCAGUCAUAAGCUUAUUCCAGGGACAGUCCCUUUGAAAUUCAGGGUGAUAAACAGAACAUUCUCUUACUGAGGAGAAGAAAGGAGUGAAAAUUGAGCCCACUGUGAGUUAGAACUUUCUGAUUUUGGAACCUGAAAACUCUGUGAUCCUUAAACCUAGAAUCUCCACAAGUUCAGAGUGAAUGGAAUCACUUCGAAUGUUCUUUUCUCUCCCACAGAGAUUUGCUCUUUUCUACUUGGUUUACUAGUUAAGGUGCUGUGUGACUAGAGGCUCAGGGACUCUGUGUGGGUAGCAUGGCUCCAGGGAAUUAGAGAAAACCUGCUCCUGAACCAUGGUACUUUCUAGUGGUAUUUUGUUCUGAUGCACCAGCAUUUAUACAGGACUAUUUAUUAACAUGCCCUUCUUUCAGCUGUAGAAAUGCCCAUACUUGCUGGUGCCCAGAAAGGAGAAACCCCUCCGUAAGGCUGUAGCUGCUUUGCUUUGUGGUGUUUUUGCCACACAUUUGAAAAACUCCCUCUAACCCUCUAUCUUGUUUAUUAGGUAAAGGCAGUGACUAAAUUUGUUUCAAGACCUAGAAACAAACAGGGUAGUUACCAACAUGGCCCAUGUACCUGAUUCUUUCUUUGUAGCUUCUGACUGAAUCCAAGGUUUCUACAAGGGAAUAGUCUUUCUUCCUAGAAUCUGAAUCAUCAGUGUGUGUGCUUUCUGCCUAGAUCUUUAUCCUAAGCAGAGGGGAGAGAGGUACCUAGACCAUAUCAUCUCUGAGCUUCAAUAACUAAAGAAGAAUCAACAUCCCUGACUGGCUUGAAUGUGUGUGCUCCCAGUAUGUGUGUGUCUGUGUAUGUCGAAUGUCUCCGUGUGUGUCACUUAGAGUCUGUACCAGACAUGGAAUGGUACCUUGCUGCAGUGUUUAGACACUCGAGCAGCUCUGAAAUGCCCAGUGAACAUCAGCACCACGACGGCGUUGUGCUCACUGUGUGACUCACUAAUGUUAUCUCCAAGAACUUCUGGAUAUGCUAAUAGAGAGACAGAUGAGAAGGGCACUUUUGAAGCUGUGGUAUAUACUGCAUUCCCAUAGUUUAUCUUGAAAAACAACUGCAACGGUUAUUUUGUGAGCCAUGAUCCCAGACUGCCAUCGUUAGGGGAUGGGCUGAGAACACCUCCCCUUGAGGCCUCUGGACUGUCUGGUGCCAGUGCUCCUUGCAAGCCAAGAGCUUAUCCUGUAGGAGACAAGGCCCCUUCUGUGACAGGAUCCUGAGAGCCUUGCCCAUAGCCAACCAGGGUCUCCUUUGUGAUCAUUUCUUUCCCGUGGUGUCUAGUCAGGAGACAUGACUGAAGACCUUCCCCUUCACAUUUCCUCCACGCCUGCCACCCAGUUCACGGUACAGGGGAGCCCUCUCCUUCCCUUCUGAAGGUACUGCCCCCCAUCCCUCACCCAUCCCUUAGUACUAGGAGCCUUGCGAUCUCUCUCCAUCUAAUAAGUUAUUAUUCCUCUUUGCAGAAAUACACCUAAUAUUAAUUUUUAGUAUGGAAAAUCUUGAGAGUCAUCAAAAUACCUUGGUGACGGUCUUGUUGCCAAAUUGUCCAUAGAAGCAGCCGUGUGUGGAACCGGAACCAAAGUGUCUCAGAGUGUGUUCCCCCACCUCACAUGUUGACAUUUACAGGGAGGGGUCAGGAUUUCCUUGUUAGCAAUCGAAACCUAAUUACUAGCAUGCAAGAGUCUUUAUUUUAUUGCCAGCCAUAGACAUUAUUUGAAGUAUGCUUUUUACAGAUAUCAUUUGCUGACUCUUAGUAAUGCCUGAUUAAACCAAGCAACACUUCUGCACAUUUUAAUUACCUCGUGUGGAGAGUCGUCUGGGGGACUGCAGUCCUGGACCAUGUGAACCUUUUCUGUUGCUCUUGCGUAAAGAGGAUGGAGAGCACCUGUGCAGGACCGUCUUUGCUUCUCCGGCUGUGAUCCUCAUUCCAAAGAUGAGUGUUUCCUGGUCAGAAGUGACGUGAGGGAGUUAAUUCUGGGAGAGAAAAAUUGGCUGGCUCUCCAAGGCCAGUCUAGGGUUGGUCUCUUGUGUUUGUGUUUCACCCUGUGGCCAAAGCACAGAACCCCUGAGGCUGGAGAGGGGUUUACAUACCCAGCAGGGAAGGAGCCUCCUGCCAGCCCUGGCCUGUUGUCCUUCCAGCACAGAAAGAGCCGGGGAAGACAUUCUUAGGUAGGGCAGGGCUUGCUUUGGCCUCGAGCUGCACCUCUUCUCUGCCUUUAUCCCUAAUCAUAGACAAUUGGAAGAAAAUUGACCUUAAAGAAGUUUCUCCAUUGUCUUACUUUGAACACUUUCUUGGGUUUAGUUAGUGGUCACUGGAAUUUGAUUCUUUGGCAUUUUUCCUUGUUAAGCUUUUUUAAGGCCAAGUUCACAGGGCAUUCUCAGCCUUGUGGUCCAAAGCUCUGUAGUGUAGCUGUUGUGGACCGGGCCAAGGGUUCAGCAGGUGGGGAGCCACCUUCCUUAGCUGCAACAAUGGACAACCUCCUGAUCCCUUCACUUUUCAAUUGUCAGAAUUUUUGCAAUUAUAAGAUUAGCGCUGUUAAACAGGAAUCAAAGUGGCACCCAGGACUUGUUCACAGUAGAGCCUGGUUAAUGACUAGUGUGACUUGGGCUUAACUAGCACCUGCUUUUCUCAUGGAGCAUCUGAGUUACUCUGACAGAAGAUCAGCUUUUGUAAGGAGAUGAGCCUCUGGGCCUUCCUGGUUCCAAAGCUUUCUGGCUGUCUCUUCUCCCAGGCCAACAGUCUGCCCCGGGCAACAGGUGUCUCCAUUGGCCUUGGACAUCUUAUAGUACCAAGUUACCCAGAGGACUUCAGAGACCAGUAGCUCACACAGAAUAACCCAACAGUGAUGAAAGGUGCUUUGUCACCACUUCUGCUCUCUUCUCAGUGUCUCACUCUCAAAAGGAGGACCAAGGUCCAAAGCCAUUGCCAUUUUCCUUUUGUGCCCAGAGUACCCAAAGCCCGAGCGGGAAGCCUCUGCCUAGGACAGUGAGUGGCCAGUGCCUGCAGAGAGAAUGUCUUCAGAGAGAGAGUGCCAGUAAAGGUGUGAAUCUGCAUGACAGUCUGUGGACUUGACUGCAACAGCAAGAAAAUACCGCAAGUUAAGUAGUUGUAUAUACAGUAGGUUUCCUUAGGUCUCUUUGGCUCAUUCUUUGUAAUUUACGUGUGUGUCUGUAGUGUUGCAGGCUUUUGGAGAAUAUUGAUAGUAUGUCAGGCAUCCAAGAGUAUGCCUUCUGUCACCUUCCAAUGUCGUAGUUGUGGGUAUUUAUAGUUGUAUGUAUCUAUAUUGUAUCAACGUGUAGAUUGUACAUCAGUAUAUGGCAUAUGUACAUCAAAUUUAUUUUUGUCCUUAACCAGUGUGAUAUGAAAAGCAAGUAAAAACCUCAUAGGAUUGAAUAUAUAAUGCAGUUUUUGAGAGUCUAUACAGUGGUACUGUUUUAUUAAACUUAAAUUCAAAUGAUAUUUUGAUUAAUUUUUUUAAUGAUAAGAUUUUAUGCUAGAAAAUUUCGUCUGUGAGCUUUGAAUCACCAGAGCAAAAAUGGCUCUGAACUAACUUUGUUAAACUAUUUCAGUGUACUGUGUACAAUACCCGGGGUGGGGCUGUAGCUCAUUAUAAUUUGAAAUAUACAGAAAGAAAGGGGGAAAAAAAAAAAAAACACAGGCAGCCUGUGCAGUCUUAGCAACUUCAGUAUUAAGAGCACUUAAACAUAAAGUCAAACUGACAAUUUGGGGCUUAUUACAAAAUGUGAUGCUUUAAAGCACACGUUCUUUAUUGUUGUAAUUAGUCCAGAAAAAUAGAGCUUUCAGAAGAAUUAGCUAAGUGCCCAGCGUAUCAUUUAUGUUCCUGUGUCAGUUUUACAGCAGCCCAAACCACCCUCCUAGCACUGCGUCCUCAUCCUCUUCACCUUAAAGAACUAUCGCCAGCCCUGCAGCAGAUCAGGGCUUCCAGAGAUCUGGGACUGCCCUCCAGGCCUGCGGUUGCACAAAUUAGCAUCUAGACACAGGUAAAAGAAUUUUAGGACAGGCUAUGGACCAGGUUAAAACUUUAGUAUUUUUAUACUUAGGUCUCUUUUCCGGCCUCUCCCCAAAGAAGAGCCACUGGCCUUAGUUGUCUGAGCUUACUGCCUAUCUUAAAGUAUAUAAGUAUUAGAUAACUAGAGAUUAAAACUUUAUUAGCCAGCAUGUUGG